AUGACAAUAAAAAAUGACGUUUUAUUUCUUGUUGUUAGUUUAUUUUAUAAUAAUAUGAUCACUCUCUUCAAUGAUUUAGCUGAUCUAUCAAUAAUUGAAAUAUAUUCUUAUCUAUCCAGUGUGGAUACAUUAUGGUCUUUCAAUAAUCUCAAUAGUCGUAUAACAAGAUUAUUAAUUGAAAGAAAUAUUUAUCGUCAUGUUAAUUUAUCAUCUAGUCGAUAUAAACGAUUCGUAAGAUAUUUGUCGUUACUUCGAUAUAAUGAUAUUGAAUCACUUGUCAUUGAUUGUUAUGCAUCUCCUCUUCAACUAACAUGUUUUCCUUAUUUACCCAAUUUAAGAAUAUUAAAAAUAAAAGGUGUACGAGAAUUCAUUGAUGUUUUUAAUUUUGCACGAAAACAUGGUCGUACAUUAACUCAUUUGACAGUUGAAUCAAAUCAAUAUUUUAAAACAACUGGUUUAAGUCAAGAAUUAUGUUAUCCAUCAUGGAAUUUACUUGAAUUUGUUACUGAAGUUAUUAAUAAUUUGGUUGGUCUCCGUUCACUUAAUUUAGGACUGGAAUCAUCUUUUUUCUUACAUCGAUGGCCUUUUAAAACGAUCCAAACACCUUUAAUUUAUUUGUCAAUUACAUUAAGUACGACAUGUGACUUGUUGAAUAUAAUGUUAACUCAACCGUUGACAUAUACAUUACAAGAAUUACACAUUAAAUUAAGUCAUAUGUAUAAUAUAAUAUAUAGUUUAGACAGAAGACAUCUCUUGCCUCGAAUGGAAUCUUUACAUACAUUUAGUUUCGUUAAGUCAUUCAAUUGGUAUUCAGUUAUAGAAUGGACAUUUGUUAAUCAAUUAACUUCUUCUAGUGUUAUGCCAAUAUUAAGACGAAUGAAUUUUUCUCUCGUUGCGAAUGGUGAUGAUCUUGUUCGAAUGAGUAAAUCAGCAUUAUUUACAGAUAAGCGUCAUAUUGAUGUUCAUUAUGCUUUGAUUAUAAAUGAUGAUCGAUCACAUACAGAUCUUAUUAAAAGUGUCCCACAUGGCAAUCAAUAUAAUCUUCGUCAAAUAGCUAGUGCAACGUUUAUUUCUGAUUGUUGGCCUGAUAAUCAACCGUUUACAACUCCAGAUUUAACUUAUUAUAAGAAAUCGAAAAAUCGUCAACAUCUAUUCUAUACAUUACCAUGGAUUUUCAAUGAAUUUUUUCAAUUAUCUGUUCCAGAUAGAUGUAUUAGUGAAAUCGAAGUUUUUAUAUCUUCAUACCCAACAAGUAAAACUCAUUGUACUCGUCUCGUUAAAUUGAAUAUGUCAGACAAUGUACCGUCUUCUACUAGUUUAUUCUCUAAAAUAAUGUCUUCAAAUAAAAUAGUUGAACUUAAUUUAUAUAGAUGUAAUAGAAAUAUAUCUAUGAAUUUACCAAAUCUUAAUCAUCUUAGUCUUAUCGACAGUAUUGAUUCAUUGAAUAGUUGUUCACUUUCAACAAAUAUUCGAUCUAUUCAAAUAGUUCUUCAUUAUGAAUGUCUUCGUUUUGCAAGCGGCGAUUGGACUGACUUACGACGACUCUCUAUUUUACCAUUGUUGAAAUCUUUACGUAUACUUUUGUAUGGUAUGCAUAUUCCUCCAGAUUCAACAGAUUGUAAGAUUAUUGCUGAGACAGCACCAUUCCUCUCUGACUUUUCUUUUUGUUUUCGACGUAUUUAUGGUCAAAAUCCUUAUGAUAUUGAUUUAGCAUAUACAAAACACUGUUUAUUCAUUGAACAACUACGAAAUAAUAUUCUUUCUUUACCGCUAAAUGAAGAACCGUAUGCUGUGGUUGAAGAAGAUGGUUGUGGACUUAUUAUAUGGUUUUGA